ACUUGAGCAGCAUUGCGAUCGAACAAAACGCUUAACGGACUGCAAUAUCGCGCCGCAAGCGCCUCGGGCCGACACACAAUUGGCCAAGAAAAAUAAACAGUUUGCAAGAAACAGAAAAAUAGCCAAAGUCGAGAGUGGAAUCGGUCGCAUGAACCACCAUUGAUCCAGCUCCACGGCGAGAGACAACACCUACAACAGGAUGAGCCCGAAGCUGCACGAGUUCGCGGUGCUGCUGUUCCGCGACGGCCAGGGCACGCCCUGGGGCAUCCGUCUGGUUGGUGGCAAUGAUCUGGACACGCCGUUGAUCAUAACCAGGGUGCAAGCUGGCAGCCCCUCGCAUGGGGAACUGCUGCGUGGCGACAUCAUCGCCAAGAUCGGCGAGUACGAUGCACGCGACCUGAGUCACGCGGACGCCCAACAGCUGUUCCGCGGUGCUGGCAAUGAGAUCCGACUGGUCGUGCACAGGGACAACAAAAUCGCCUACACGCAGGGCGUCAGCCAGGAGGCAGCUGGCCCUGGUUCGCGCUGCAACUCCACUUUGCCCCCGGCCAGCCCCGAGCUGCUGCCCCAUCGCGGUCCGUCGCCGUUUCUGCCCGGCCCCAGCCACCUGGAACGUGCCCUGCAGCUGCCGGUGGACUCCUUGCCACACACCGUGUUUCCCCAGCUAAACGCAUCCGGUGGCUAUGUGACUCCGUCGGAGGUCUUUUCGCCCAAGCCAACGCGCGACCAUCAGCAGGAUGUGGAGGAGGAGCAGGCCGCCAUCGUUAAUCAGCCCUACCGUACAACUCCACUGGUCCUGCCCGGUGCCAAGGUGAAAAAGGAUGCCCCAUCGACAGACUCCUACUUGAGGCACUAUCCCAAUCCGGCUGUGCGCGCCCAUCCAGGACACGACUACCAUGACAGUAUCAUGAAGCAACGCGUUGCCGAUACCAUGUUGCACAAGGUUGUUGGUUCGGAAGCCGACACUGGCCGUGUCUUCCACAAGCAAUUCAAUUCGCCCAUCGGCCUCUACUCAAACAGCAACAUUGAGGACACCAUCAGAACCACAGUUCCCUUCGCCACAAGCGAUAGCUAUCGCUUGAAGGACAGUCCUUUGCAUCGUCCUUUGCCAACAAAACUGAACGGUUAUAAGAAAACUGUCCAAUACGAUCCAAGGAACAGCGAGACCUACAGAGCCAUCCAAGAAGACGGCGGCUACAGCGGCAACUAUGGCAAUGCCUCGCCUCAGGAGGUGACCAUACCUGUGCAGACUAGGGUCUAUCAGCCGAAUAGAUUGGUUCCAGGAAAGAAACCGGUAUCAGCCCCAGUAUCCCGUCCGCCGUACAAUGUGGUAAACACUCACGAUGAGAACAUACGCCAGAGCGGCUCCUUCAAUCGUCUCAUGUACAGCGUUAUUGGUGCCACCGAAUAUUAAAAGCUGCAGCAGCGACAACAUCAGCCAGCCAGCCAGCAUCUCCAGAUAAAAGAUCAUCCAACGCGUUGGGGUAUCUCCUGUUUAUCUCCUAACAUAUUUAGCGGAUUUUUAAUAAAAUUCUGUUGAACUUAUUCAGUAAAUUAUAUAAAGAACGACGACGAAAUUGUGAGAGCAAAACUAACAAGUUUAAUGAUAAAUUGGUGAAUUUUUUUUGAAAUCGAAAUAAAUCUAUGAUAUGUCUACAAUUUAAAUAUCGAUUAACUCCGCCUCAAGCCCCCAUGUACUGUCCUCCCCCCAAACGCAAUAGCAAAAAAAA